UUGUCUUGAAGAGUUACUUUCAGUUUGGCUUAGCUGCACACUUAACCUCCAGUGCCGGUAUACGAACCUCCCUCGAUUCUUGUUCUAUCAUGCCAAGAACAUAGGACAACACCACAACCGCAGCACAAGAACAAAAAAUAAAAUUUGAAAACCACCACCACCACUCCCUAAAGCAGACACCUUUGAAGAAACAUUCGCCCCCCAAAAGAAAAAACAAUAUGUCACACUAAACUUUAGCUAUGUAAAAAAUUCAAAAAAGAGUCAAACUACAAAGAUUUUCAUAUGCAACUUUAUUCUGAAAAUUAUUCACAUUUCAAACUUGUGAUUACGUGAUAAUAACUUUCGACUUUUUAAAAAAAACAUUAGUACUAAUACAAUGUUGUUUAAGAUUCAGUCCCAUUUUAUAUUUCUGCGAGUGAUUAUUUCACAAAUCAAACUUAUUAUACCUUCUAAUUAGGUGACUAGGUGACAGUAACUUACCAGUCCAGCAAUUUAAAAGAAGCAUUAGUACUACUGCUUUAAAAGAAAAAAGAAACUAAGUGAGUCAGUACUUCUCUGAAACAGCACAAGAACUACCAUUUCCAGUCAAAGAGAGUAACAUGGGUUUUCCUCCAUUACUUCUUUGCUUUCUCCUCAUACUCUUCGCAGUUUCUGUAACAGGAAAUGAUGAGUUAAGAGCUCUAAUGGACUUGAAAGCCAGUCUUGACCCAGAAAAUGCUUUGCUAACUUCAUGGACUGUUUCUGGUGAUCCAUGUGAUGGUUCUUUUGAAGGUGUUGCGUGUAAUGAUAGGGGUCAAGUUGCUAACAUUUCUCUACAAGGUAAAAGGCUUAAAGGGAAACUGUCACCGGCCAUUGGUGAGCUACCUCACUUAACUGGACUUUACUUGCAUUAUAAUGCAUUGUAUGGGGAGAUACCAAGAGAAAUUUCUAAGUUGAUUGAGCUCACUGAUCUGUAUUUGAAUGUUAAUAAUCUCUCUGGUGAGAUUCCUCCAGAACUUGGAAACAUGUCCAGCUUGCAAGUUUUGCAACUAUGCUAUAACCAUUUUACUGGUAGCAUACCCACUCAGCUAGGGACUUUAAAGGAGCUCAAUGUCCUGGCUUUGCAAUCCAAUCAGUUAACUGGUGCUAUCCCUGCUAGCUUGGGUGACUUGGGAGUGUUGAUGAGGGUGGACUUGAGUUCUAAUCAUCUUUUCGGUUCAAUUCCUUCAAAACUUGCGGAUGCACCCCUUCUUGCAGUAUUGGAUAUCCAAAACAACAGGCUUUCAGGCAAUGUGCCUCUUGCUUUGAAGAGAUUGGUUGAGGGAUUCCAGUAUGAGAACAAUCCAGGACUUUGUGGUGUGGGUUUCCCAUCUUUGAGAGUUUGUACAUCCUUGGAUCGCUCGAAUCCUAAUAGACCAGAGCCCUAUGGAGGUGGCUUGAGUGGUUUAACUACUAGAGAUAUUCCAGAGACAGCUAAUCUCAAUCUAAAUUGCAGCAGAAAUGGCUGCUCAAAAUCAUCUAAAACUUCACAGGCAUCUGUACUUGUAGGGGUUAUUUUAGUUACUGUUAUUGCAUCUGCUAUAGGAAUUCUCUCCAUUGUGCAUUAUAGAAGACGAAAGCAGAAACUUGGAGGUGGACUAGAAAUGUGUGAUAGCCGACUCAGUAUUGACCAGGCCAAGGAGGUUAAUAGGAAGAAUGGUUCUCCACUAGUCAGUCUGGAGUACUCGAUUGGUUGGGAUCCCUUAGCUGAGGGUCGGCGUUAUGUUGGAGUUUCCCAAGAGAUUCUGCAGAGGUACAGAUUCAAUUUGGAAGAGGUGGAGUCAGCUACACAGUACUUUGCUGAUAAGAAUCUAUUGUCUAAGAGCAGCUUUUCAACUACAUAUAGAGGGACGCUAAGAGAUGGAUCACUUGUUGCUGUUACAAGAAUUACCAAAAUUAGCUGCAAGUCGGAAGAAGCUGAGUUUCUAAGAGGACUAAACAUUUUGACGUCUCUGAGACACGAAAAUUUAGUUAGGCUGAGAGGUUUCUGCUGUUCUAAAGGCAGGGGAGAAUGUUUUCUCGUUUAUGAUUUUGUGCCAAGAGGAAACUUGUUGCACUACCUAGAUGUAAAGGAGGAUGAAGCUCGUGCUCUUGAAUGGUCCACCAGGGUUUCUAUAAUAGGUGGAACUGCAAAAGGCAUUGAGUAUUUGCACGGGUGCAAGGUGAAUAAGCCAGCUCUAGUGCACCAGAAUAUCUGUGCUGAGAACGUUCUCCUUGACCAUCGAUUCAAUCCAUUGCUUUCAAAUUCCGGCUUGCAUAAGCUCCUCACAAAUGAUACCGUCUUUUCAGCACUGAAGGCCAGUGCGGCCAUGGGAUAUCUAGCUCCAGAGUACUCUACUACAGGCCGAUUUACUGAGAGGAGUGAUAUUUAUGCCUUUGGAGUGCUUAUUUUCCAAAUUCUCUCUGGCAAGCGAAAAUUCACCAGUUCAAUGCGCGCUGCUGCUGAAUCAUCCAAAUUCCAUGACCUAAUGGACACAAAUCUCCGUGGAAGGUUCUUUGAGUCUGAAGCAGCAAAACUAGCGAAAACUGCUUUGUUAUGUACACAUGAAUGUCCAGAGGAGAGACCAACCAUGGAAACAAUCGUACGAGAACUUGUUUAAUCAGAUGAGAAUAAUCUCUUUUUGGGAAAAUACAAUUAUGACAAAAACUAUUAGUCAGACUACUUUAGAUGGUUGUGGGAAGCAAAAAAUUAUCCAUCAUUAUGGAACCAAGGUAGUACAAUCAUAGCCUUCGAGCAGUCUUCUGUUCUUGAUUUGCAAUUGUUUGAGCAGAAAAAUAGGUGAUUUAUUUCUGAGAGGUUAAAAAUUGUUUCAUUUUUUUUUUUCAAAUGUUUGAAGAAUCUAGGCUGCAAGAUGCGAAGGCCAUGGGCCAUGGGGAAUGUUAAUCACGCUGUGGUCCAAUGGUCAUAAUUCAUCUAGCCAACUUGGUCUACUGUCUCCUUAGAACAGAUCCUAUUCAAGUAAGGUCGAGGAGGAUUUAUCAUUAAUUUAAUAAGACCGCCAGAAAAAAUUGUUAUUUUAGGUUUAUCAAAACUUCUUCUGCAUAUUUUAAUCUUUGUUAGUUCAAAUUUACAUCAAAUGACUAUUUACAAUUCCAACCUACUCAAUUUCUCUAUUUUAAUCUUUGUUAGUUCACUUUUACAUCAAAUUAC